GCUGCUCGGUUCGGACAGAUCCUGGACCUCAAGGAGGCGGUGGCGGACGGGGCCGAUGUCAACUCGAGCGACCCAACCCAAGGAGGCAAAGGAGCGAUGCACUGGGCGGCGGAGGGAGGAUACACCAAGAUCAUCAAGUUCCUCGCUGACCUCGGAGCAGACGUUAAGUGCAGGGACAACGAUCUCCAGACGCCCCUGCACCUUGCAGCGGGGAGCGGCCACGUGCCAGCCAUCCAGCAACUCGUUCAGCUGGGAGCUGAGGUGAACGCUUCCAACCGAGCAGGCUUCACUCCGCUCCACUGGGCCUCGGCGAAUGGUCACCCCAGGGCAGUUCUCGCCCUCCUGGAACUUGGAGCUUGCCAGUGGUGCGUUGACUGGCAGGGGAGGACAGCCCUGCAGCUGGCUGACUACUGGAAUCAG